AUGGGCAGAGGAGCAGAGAAGCAGAGGUGUACAGAGGAGCAGAGAGGUACAGAGGAGCAGAGGAGCAGAGGUGUGCAGAGGAGCAGAGGAGCAGAGGGGUACAGAGAAGCAGAGAUGGGCAGAGGAGCAGAGAAGCAGAGGUGUACAGAGAAGCAGAGAUGGGCAGAGGAGCAGAGAAGCAGAGGUGUACAGAGGAGCAGAGAGGUACAGAGGAGCAGAGGAGCAGAGGUGUGCAGAGGAGCAGAGGUGUACAGAGGAGCAGAGGUGUACAGAGGAGCCGAGGUGUACAGAGGAGCAGAGGUGUACAGAGGAGCAGAGAGGUACAGAGGAGCAGAGGAGCAGAGGUGUGCAGAGGAGCAGAGGUGUACAGAGGAGCCGAGGUGUACAGAGGAGCAGAGGUGUACAGAGGAGCAGAGAGGUACAGAGGAGCAGAGGUGUACAGAGGAGCAGAGAGGUACAGAGGAGCAGAGGUACAGAGGAGCAGAGGUGUGCAGAGGAGCAGAGAGGUACAGAGGAGCAGAGGAGCAGAGGAGCGGGCUCAGAGCCUCCGCAGGCCUCUGUCGCACCACUAUCAUACCAGUGUUACAUUUAUCUCACACAGAGACGGUGGCUGCUGCCCGCCCCACAUGGAGCUGA